AUGGAUAAAAAAAUAAAAAUAGCUUAUUUAGUAAACCCAGAUCCUGUAUUUUUUAAUGAACUAGAUUAAAAAAUAAUUGACCUACUCGAAAAUAAAGGUGCCAUAGUCACAAAAGUGGAUUUAAAUACUUUAUAUAUUUAACUCGAUUCCAGAAAUAUUGAAUUCUUUAACAACGGCAAACUAUUAGAUUUUGACGCUUUUUAUUCUUAUGGUUACAUGAGACAAUAAAAUAAAGAAUAUUACCAAUAUAUAAUAAAUUCAGUAGAAGCAGCAAAUAAAAUAGUUUUUCAUAGUUUUAGAGUUAUAUAAAUUUUAGAAAAUAAAUUACUUUAAGCAAAUGCAUUUGCACAUGCAGGAGUUCCUAUUCCUAAGACAUUUUGUGGUUUUUACAUAGAUGCCGUUAAAUAAAUGUAUAAAUAAAACUUCACCAAAAAUUCAGUUAUUAAAACCCUUUCUGAUUAUGGUGGAGACGGCGUUAAAUUAUCAAAACACCCAGAUGAAGGAGUUACGACUGUUUCUAAAAUUCAAUGGGAUAAUAAAGCUACCUUAUCCCAAGAAUUUAUAGAUGAUACUUGGGGAAAAUCUAUUAGAGUAUUGGUUAUUAAUGGUAAAGGGUACGCCUGUGCUGAAUAUUAAGAUUUGUCUUAAGAUUUUAGAUCUAAUGUUAGUUAUCAUGAAAACUUUAAACUAGUUUCUAAAAUGUAAGAUCCUAGGUUAAAAGAAUAUUAUAAUAUUGCGGAAAAUGCAGUUCAUGCGAUAGAAGAUAAUAUUUUGAUUGCUGGAGUAGAUGUAUUAGAUUCUAAAAAGCAUGGGCUUGUUGUUCUUGAAAUUAAUUGCUGGCCUGAUUUGUAUGAUAUUUAAGAAGCUACUUAAUUGCCUAUUUUUGAUACUUUUAUAGAUCUAUUGUAUAAGAAAGCUAAAAGUAUUAAAUAUAAUGGAAUUGCUAAUGGAGUUAAAAAUGGAUUUUGA